AUGGCUGGCCCGGAAGACCCAGCAAACGUGCUGGAGCAGUGGAUCCAUGAUGUCGCAAACUUACCUGCAGAGAUAACCCAUCUCUACGAAGAGGCGCAGGCCAAAGACCAGCAGAUUAACGAAUGCCGGGCUAUUAUACAGUCACGUGAUAACAGCCUUCAGAAGUUCAUCAAACUCAACGGUGCGCUCGUCCAGAACCCAAAGGAAGAGCAGUAUUCCAAGACCAUUCUGCAAUGCUAUGAACGCGCUCAGAUCCUGCAAGAAGAGAAGGUGGGCCUGGUUGAGAGAGCCAUCAUGCUGACGGAUCGUCACGUAAAGCGACUCGACAUCAAACUACGGGACUUACAAAAUGAUGGGUCUAUCCCGGCAGACCCUCAACUCCCGUCUCUCCUCAAGGACUCACCCGGGAACAUGGUGCCUCCUUCAUCACUAAGCAACACGGGGGCAAAUACACCACUGCACCCAAUCUCUGGAAAUCAACCAGGAGGCCCUGCCAACCUUGCGCAGGCUGCAGCGAUUGCGCGAAUGAACAGCGCAGUCGGCGCGAGUGGCAGACUUCCCUCCUCGUUACAGACCAUGCAGACACAGGCGGUGCUGAAUCAACAACGGCUUCGCGAGGCGCAAGCUCCAGCGCAGGCCAUGUCACGGCAAGAGAGGGAGAUGUCUACAGGCAGCGAUGGCAAGCGACGACGGCCGACGGGCAGCUUGGGGCCGCUUCCACCGCCAGCAACGUCGGGUCUGGCGCGGCAAGGGUCCAUGGGACCAGGAACGCCGAAACCUUCAACUCCUGGGUCUCGUGCUGGAAGCGUGGGACCCAAGCAACCCCAGAGACAUGCGUUGACGGUGAAGAAGGCGAAACCGCAGCAACCACUACGGAAGAUGGCCCUCGCGGCUAAGGCAGGCUCGACCAAGACGAAGCGUCGCAAAGGUGGCUCCCGGGCAUCGCCCUCGACGACAGCGGACGACGAGAGUGUGGCCAGCGAGGCAGGCACCGAGGACGAGGAGAUGACGGGUAUGGGAGGGGCAGAGGGGGAAGAGGACGAGGGAGACGACACCAAGUACUGCUUCUGCCAGCGGGUCAGUUUUGGCAACAUGGUAGCGUGCGACAACGACAACUGCCAGUACCAAUGGUUCCACUGGGAGUGUGUGGGGAUCAAGGAGGAGCCGUUGGGCGAGUGGCUGUGUCCGGACUGCAGAAAGCAGCCGGCGAACAAGAUCAAGAGAAGUCGUUAG